AUGUUCGCCUCGAGAGGGAAGAAACCCGCGUCGAAGAGCGCUCGAGCGCUCGAGACCGUUCGAGGCGUCGUUCAAAAGAUCCGUCGGUCGAGCGUCGUCGUUGACGUCGAAAAGUCGCUGAUGCGGUCGUGGAGGGUGUAUAAGAAGGCGAUGACGGCGUCGAAGGAGUUUAAGCACCUGAGGAAGACGCUGCCGGGAUGGGUGAUGCGGAACGCGCGGUUUAAGCGAUUGGCGUGGAACGACGACUUUGCGUGCGCCUUUGUGUUGCUCUCGCCGGUCGCGUUGAUAACGCUCCUGUGGUGCGUCGGCGCUGUGGUGCGGAUGGUCAUGCGGCGUGACGCGAACGACGUGUAUCGCAAGGUGUUCGGCAAGGCGAGGGAGAGGCAGAGAAGCCUGGCGAGACGCGAGGCGGAGGCGAAAAUGGCCAAGGCGCUGCCGAACCAACCGCCGGAGACGAUCGAUCGAACGCAGAGCGGCACGGUGAUCAACAUGACGACGAAGGAUUCACAAAAGCUCUUUGAGCUCAGGACGAAACUCGAUGAGGCCGUGGCGACGGACGAGACUUUACUUGCGACGCCGGCGCUCAGAGCGUUCGUCACAGACGCGUGCUUGUGUCGAUACCUGAGAGCGCGCAAGUGGAAGGUUGACAAGGCGUUGAAGAUGCUUAUCGAGACCCUUCGAUGGCGCGCCGAGCGUAAGCCCGAGGCAUUGACGUGGGAUGAUAUCGAAAAUGAGGCAAGCACCGGAAAGCAGUACAGGAGCGGUCGAGACAAGCGCGGUCGCCGAGUGCUCGUCAUGCGCCCGGACCGUGAGAACACCUUCAACCACGUGGAAAACAUCAAGUUCUUGAUCUACACUUUAGAAAACAUCCUGUGGAAAUCAUCUCGCCCGGGCGAGCCGCUCGGCUCCAACGCCGAUCUCGCUCCGGAGCAAAUCACCAUCCUCAUUGAUUUCACGAAGUGGUCGUUGAAGAACGCGGUGCCGAUGGCCACUGCGCGAGAGACUUUGAGUAUCUUACAGAAUCACUACCCCGAGCGCCUCGGGCUCGCGGUGUGCUUCAAUCCGCCGACUAUUUUUCGCGUCUUCUGGGCCGUCAUCUCGCCCUUUAUCGACCCGAAGACGUACACCAAAAUCGUCUUCGUCAGCAAGCGUCGCAAAGCCAAAGCCGCCGCCACGAUGGGCGCGAUAUUCCACGCCGCGAGCACGGACACCGACCUCGGCGGCGCCGUGGACCCGACGUGGAACUUCAACGAUUACGCCAAGCACAUGCGCGAUUACGACGCCAAGAAACUCGACGUCACGCGAACAUGGGCGUAG